GUCCGUUUGGUAAUCUGUCCCCCUUUGAAGGCAGUGACAUCUGUACCGCAGGAAGGGUUAUAGGAGGGAAGGGGGAAUUUGCGCUGACCCCGUUAUCUUACAGAUGUCAAGUUCCAUGUCUUCUGGUGGGUGUCCACAGACCCCUGUAAUUUGUACUAGCUCUUGGCUUUGUGACAAUGAGUUAGAGUCCAUAUUGGAUGUAGCCUACUCAGAUACUGUUAUUGGAAAGGAUGACCAUCCUAUAAGGGACAGGGGUGCACUUUUAACACCAACACAACCUUCAGAAGCUGGCAGCCCCUGCACAUUGUCAUUGAGUUGUGUUUUACAAAAAAAAGAUCGGAUACUGAGUCUUAGUAUCUACAGCCAAGCAAGAACUAUUGAAGUUUACAGUGUGGUGGGGCAGGAUGAGGAGUAUUUGGGUACUAGCAGGGGAGAAAGGUUUUCUAUAUGCGAGAAGGAUAUUUCUGUUACAUUGUACAAAACAUGUCUCAAGUUGGAAACUCCAGUACUAUCAUGCAAAAUUAAGCUUCUCUCCCUUGGUGGGAAAAAUUCUGUCUUCUUGAGCAAGAUUUCCGUGCAGGUGACACUAGUCCACGAAAGGGCUCCCCAGCCUUCCCCAAUGCUGAACUCUUCUAUUAAUAUGGAUCGAGUGCAGAGUAUAAUGGACAGCAUGGGCGGCAAACUUUCACCUGGUGCAGAACAGCUGAUGAGUAUGGUGCGCUCUCAGCAGAAGCAUCAGGCUCCCUUUGGAGCUCAUUUACUGCAGCUUUUUGGAGGGCUUGAUCGAGCGGUUGACCGUGAGCUGCAGAAAGAGAGGGUUCCAGACAUGACCACCAAAGCUCUUGAUAUUGCUGAUGGAACUUCGCAAAGUCAGAUACAAUUAAAUUCUAGUGCAUCCCCUCAAAAUCAUGGCACCCCAGACUGUGACCUGAAGACCGUGUUUUCUUCAUUCUUGCACAAGCAAAUGAAUACCAUGGCUUAUGCACCAAAUCACAACUCCUUACCUCAGCUGCUACAGAAUCUGCAUUUAGAAAAGGACUUUCCUCUGAGAAAGGAAAGAGAAAAUGGCGCAGAGUCUUAUCAGACAUCAAGGGAGGAAAAUAUGGUUGGCACAUUGGAGAAGCUCCUGUCUGUACACAUGGAACGUAUGGAGAGGACUCUUAUGGAUCACAUUGAUCAAAUGAAAAGUCUCCAGGAUCAUCUUGAUUCACGACUGAAUUUUAUUAUAAAUGCCAUACAUAGCAGUUCCUCUGGGUCUUUAUCUUUAACCACUGCGGAGAAUCUUACCAAUAAGCUUUCUGACCAUAAAGGGGAGGAACAUCCUUACUGUAAUGGACUUCCCAGCAACUGCUUCUCUGAUCUGACUACUUUAUCCUAAAAAGAUGUUUACAUUUUCUUCUGCUUCCGGUGACUUACGGAGGUGACAUCAGACUUGGAGCAACUACUUUCUUCUGUCUUUCGUUUUUCCUCUCCUCAUGUUCUGAACUUCAGCAUUGGAAGGUAUCACCACAGUUCUGUGUAUAAUAAAAUGUGCUGCCCAGGGUUAUUAUACGGCUAAACAAAGUGCUCUAGAUCAGCUGAGCACUUUAUCUCAGUUAUCAGUAAAGGUUAAAAAGCAUUGGUUAAAGGGAUACAAAACCCAAUUUUCUUUCUUUCAUGAUUCAGAUAGAGCAGGCAAUUUUAAGCAACUUUGUCAUUUACUCCUAUUAUCAAAUUUUCUUCAUUCUCUUGCUAUCUUUAUUUAAAAAGCA